GACCAUGCUGACUAUAACUUCAUGCUGCUAGGACUAGGAAUUUGAUCAGUGAUUGGGAAACAAGUUGAGUAGCAAUCCCAUCAAUAAAUAGCAGAACAACACCAUGGCAGAGAGACCGGAGGAUUUAAAUCUCCCACAUUCAGUGAUCACAAGGAUCAUGAAAGAAGCGGUUCCUGAUGGCAUCAGUGUAUCAAAGGAAGCUCGUAAUGCUGUCUCUAAGGCAGCCAGUGUGUUUGUGCUCUAUGCUACUUCAUGUGCUAACAACUAUGCUCUAAAAGGCAAGAGGAAAACACUGAAUGCUGCUGAUGUUUUUGCUGCAAUGAAGGACAUGGAAUUUGAAGAAUUUAUUGAGCCAUUGGAGAAGAGUCUCCAAGAGUUUCGCCAAGAGCAGAGAGGUAAAAAAGAGGCAUCGGAAAAGAGGAAGCAAAGCAAGUCGGACCAGGAGAAGACCGAAGGGGAAGACUCCGAGCAGAAUAUCUCAAGUGAGUUGGAAGAUAGCAGGGAAGAUGGAGAAGAGCUGGAAGAUGGAGAAGAGGUUGAUGAUGUAGGAGAAGAUGAAGAAGACGAAGAUGAUGAUAUUGAGGAUGAUAUUGAAGAUGAAGAGGAUGAGGAGCUCGAGGAGGACGAAGUGGAAGAAAUUGAAGAUGAUGAAGUUGAAGAUGCGGGAGAGAUUGAAGAUGCUACUGCUGAUGAUGAUGAUGAUGAUGUUCAAGAAGUCGAAUGAUGGGACAUUUAAAAACAAAAGAAAUUUAAUGUACUUUUUAUUUCAGAGUACAUGUAUAUAUUUCUCUGAACAAUCUUGCAAAAGACCCGAGACAAAUGAUUAUGAUGCUUUAUGAGUCACACACAUUGGACAUCAACUGUCAUGGCUGUCCUUUGAAGCCUGUUCAUUUCAUUUUAUUUUCUUCAUGUUGAGCGUCCAAGCACUUUCACACGAAUGGAGGCCUUUAUCAGAAAGAUCGUUCACUCGAUACCUGGUUGUUACAUUACAAUUUUUUUUCACUCUAAUUUCGUUUUUGCAUCUUCUUCCUGGUGCAUGGAACAAAAUGUUUGCUGUUUAAUUACAAUGUGAACGUUUUAAUCAGUUGUCUCUUACUGUGUAAGAAGGCAAUUGCAUCAUUUUAUAAAUCUCAUUAUCAUUAGGUGUAUGCUUGAAAUAUAUUGAAAGUGAAAAAAAGACCCAGUGUAAAUAUUAGUUUUUGGUAAUGCUGUACUUUAGUCAAAUAAAACAUUGAUAUAAAGAAAUAA